UACUGACUGAUACUGUUUACAUAUUGUUUUAGGUUAGAAUAACACUGCAUUUGUAACUGUAACAAAAACAAACAUUUUAUCACAAGUUUGUGGUUUAAAUGAUAAUGUUUAUAACGAAAUUAUAAAUUUUUAAUUAUAGUUUUAAUUUGUAGGCUAUUCUGGGUAUUUUCAAGCAAAUUGGAAAUAGGUAAAGCUCCUCAAACGUCUUUAGCUAGCAUUUUACUACAAACUGAAACACAAACUUUAAAACGAAAUCCUCUGAAAUGGUUCGAGUAAUAAACCAACAAACCUUUGAUGAUGUUGUGAAAGAAAACAUGGAAGAGUUUGGAAUGGCAGUAGAUGAGGCAAUUAAAGAAGCCGUUGAACAGUUCGAGGCCCAGGGAGUAAACCUGAGCAAUAUAGUGAAGAGUGUAGCUAUGGCGGAAGGCAAGGACCCAUUGGUACUUUGCAUCAAACAGCUGCAGGAUCUGCUAAAGUUGAACAGUUCCAGCCCCUUAAAUGUGGCUGGACUACUUAACCAACUCAGAGAAGACUGUGAUAAGGAUCUGGCACGACGAGUGCUUGCUGGCAAGGAGGCUGCUUACCCAACUGUCUUGGACAUUCUAGAUAAAUUCAGUACUGAUGACUCGACAGUUAUAUUGUGCCUUCAGACACUUACGUCACUUAUGAAUGGUUUUCCUGAUUUGUUGGAUAGGAGAGGUGUAAAAACCAUCACCAUGUUUCUUAACACCACCAAGAAUGUUGAGGUGUUGCAGCAUGUCCUUUAUUGGGCUCAAAUUUGUUGUGUCAAUCAUGAGCAGAAUAGACAGCUGAUCAUGGAUGAAGGUGUGAUCCCUACGCUAAAGUCUCUAACUGAGGGUGAUAUGCCAACUCUACUGCCCGAGCUCUGUGGACUAAUGAGAUCUCUGACACUGGAUGAUGAUGUGCGAGCUGACGUGUCUAAAGCCCAUGUCCACGCCAGCACUUUAGCUGUGGAAGUUCUAUGUCCCCUUACAAACCUUCUGGCAAAGUACAGAAACGACAGGACACUGGUCCUAGAGCUGCUCCUUACUAUCAACAGUCUUAUAGUUCGCAACGAGUUCUGUGCUAAAGUGGAGGAGGCAGGAGGAAUAAAGAUUGCAAUUGAUGUUCUCAUAGAAUACCCAGAUAAUGAGAGGAUAGUUCGCAACAGUUUGAUGCUCCUGAAAGGACUAGCUGGCAAUGAUGAUGUCAAACAGAAGAUCAUGCAGACGGAGACUCCCAGUCUUGUUAUGUUGGCCCUCAGCCGGCAUCAGAAAUCACAAAUGGUGUGUAAUGCUGGGCUCAGCUGCAUAACAAUUCUCUCAUUGCGCAGUCAAGAGAACAGCAAGAUAUUUAUGGAACAAGGAGCUCCCGAGAUCAUCUUGCAAGUCAUGAAGAUCCACUCUAAAGAUAUGAAAGUACAGAGGAACUGCUGUUGGGCCAUACGUAACAUUGUGUCCCGGAGUCCCAGUUUGAGAGACCCGUUUCUCAAACUAGGGGCAGAAGAACUCAUAAAUGCUGCGCGCCGCCAGCACAAAAAUAUUGAUUAUGAUGGAAAGUCAGCUCUCAGAGAUCUCGGCUGCAAAGUGGACUUGAAUGAACCGUGGAAAGGCAAAGGAAAACACAUCAUUGCUUGAAAUUUUCUACCAGAAUCUGUAGCUUAUCUGUGAUCUAACCAACAGUUUAAUACUUAAACUUUAAAUCUGCUAAUAUUUCUGUUUUAUAACGUAGGUUCCUCAACAACAUACAGCCUAUAUGAAAUAAAAAUAUUAUUUGACAUAUAGAAUUUAACUAAUUGCUUUUAGAAUGCAAAUUAAUAUUAGGCUUAUAUUUAAAAUGUUAUUUUAACAUUCUUUAGUUUAAUUUUCAUCAACUAAUUAAUUUUAUACAGUUUUAUUUCUCAGGUGAUUAAUAAAUUAUUUUAUACUUGUGCCUGCA